GAUAUGUUUGAUGAAUCAAGAAGUGGAAGUACACUACAAAUGCCUAGAAGGAGGCUAUCAACAUCAUUUGAGGCUGAAGACAUAAAUGAAGAAAGUGCUAAAAUUGUAGAGAUGGACACUUAUGGAAGGCCCAAAUCAUCAAGAUCCAGAAGAACAAACACUUGGCCUUCUGAUCCAUGUGAUGAUGAUCCAUUUGAACCACCAAUGUUGUCUUCAUGGGCCUCAGAUUGGGCCCAACAACAUCAACACUCCAAGUUCUCAACAACAGCCCAAAGUACACCAAGGUUUGCAAACAACUCUUGUGGAUCUAACACCCCUAUUACACCAAUAACCAAAGUAGAUCUUGUUCUGAUACCAUAUUGUAAGUGUACAUAGUCACACACUUUAACAAGAGUGAAUUCAUAUAGCCGAAUCUAAAUUUUUUUCGAGUUUAGGCACAAAAGUUAUUGUUUUGUGCAUAAAUAUACCUUUCAUAUUCAAAAUAAUUGCAUGUUUUGCCCUUUAAAUGAAUCGGCCUUUAAUUUUUGUCAUUA